GUAAUCCUGUGAUACAUACACACCUGCACCACAGCUCCUUCUCCAUGUGCCCACCGUAACAUACAAGUACCUGUUACCUCCCUCUUGAGCGUCUCGCUCUCUUCCUCUUCUUCCGCACACUUCCGCACGCCCAUCUUGCUGCGACAAUGGCCCGCUCGCACAUUGCCGUCGCUUUGGGCGCCGCCCUACUUGCCUCUUUGAUCAUUGGCCAACUCGUUAUCAACUUGGGAUUCCCUUCGGUCGACUUUUGGCAUGCACGCCUAGACCAAACCUACACUGGCGCACAGCAGGACUCGUUCUUCAGUGAGAAGCAGGAUGACGGUCCCGCCGCCCAAGACGCGUCUUCGUACCUCAUCGGCGUUGGCAAAGGAGAUAUCACUGGCCCUGUUGUCGAGCUCAACUUGAUGGGCUAUGCCAACUCAUCGCAAAAAGGAACGGGACUACGCCAGCGCAUUUACUCGCGCGCCUUCAUUAUCGGCAACCCGAGCGUGGCAAGCGAGAGAUUUGUGUACCUCGUCCUAGACACCCAGUCUGGAGACACUGCUAUUCGUAAUGGCAUCUUGGAGGGUCUCCAGAAAAUGGGUCCCGAAUAUUCCGUUUACACAAAGAACAAUGUAGCCGUGACAGGCACCCACAGCCAUGCUGGCCCAGGUGCUUGGUUGAACUAUCUCCUCCCACAAAUCACCAGCCUUGGCUUUGACAAGCAGAGCUAUCAAGCUAUUGUUGACGGAACGCUGUUGUCGAUCAAGAGAGCACACGAAGGCCUGGCGCUGGGAACUGUCAGUGCUGGCAGCGCCAAAAUUGCCAAUGCAAACAUCAACCGCAGUCUCUUUGCUUAUCUUGCCAACCCACAGGCUGAGCGCGACCGUUACACGGACGAUGUCGACAAGACCAUGACGUUGCUCAAGUUUACGCGAGCCAGUGAUGGAAAGAAUAUUGGUGUCUUGAACUGGUUCCCAACCCACGGUACCAGCUUGCUUGGCAACCAAACGCUCAUCGCUGGAGACAACAAGGGUGUCGCUGCAUAUCUCUUCGAGCAAGAUAUGGAGGCAAGCGCCGACCAAGCAAAUGCCGCCCAGGGUUUUGUCGCAGGCUUCUCACAGGCCAACGUCGGUGACACGACCCCCAACGUUCUUGGUGCUUACUGCGAAGAUGGAACUGGCUCGCAGUGCAGACUAAACGACAGUACUUGCGGAGGCAAGAGCCAGGACUGUCAUGGUCGUGGUCCAUACUACGGCCUCAACGAUGGUGGCCACAAGUCCUGUUAUGAGAUUGGCAAGCGUCAGUAUCAAGGCGCCAAGGGCAUCUACAAUUCGGCUUCCUUCACAGCCAUCUCUGGUAGCAUUCGCUCUUUCCACACUUUUGUCGACUUCUCCAACUUUACAUUUACAUUGAGCAAUGGAUCUACAGUCCGUACAUGCCCUGCGGCAAUGGGUAAUUCAUUCGCCGCCGGAACUUCUGAUGGACCUGGUGCAUUUGAUUUUGUCCAAAACGAUCCCGGUGCGCCCUCGAAUCCCUUCUGGAACGUUGUCGGCAGCGCCAUUUCCCCACCAAGCAAGGAGCAAAGGGAAUGCCAAUACCCAAAGCCCGUCUUACUGAAUGUCGGUCAGGCCACCGUGCCUUACCUUUGGUCCCCCAACAUUGUUGACAUUCAGCUACUUCGCGUUGGUCAAUUUGUCAUUAUUGUCUCACCUGGUGAAGCAACCACCAUGUCUGGUCGCCGCUGGCGUGAAGCAGUUCACAACGCUGUUGUCUCGGCAGACAUUGCUUCGUCACCCAUUGUCGUGCUUGGUGGACCAGGAAACACAUACACGCAUUACAUUGCUACCGAGGAAGAGUACAGCAUCCAGCGUUACGAGGGUGCGUCCACGCUUUACGGCCCACAUACGCUAAACGCUUUCAUCAACUCCACCUUGACAUACCUACCCUACAUUUCUGAUGGAUCAAGGAGCGCUCCUCCACCAGGCCCUUCGCCUCCAGAUCACCGUGACAAGAGCAUCUCGCUCAUCACCGGUGUCGUCUACGAUGGCGCAGGCAUCGGCCGCUCGUUCGGCCAAGUCACAAAAGACGUUGUGUCAAGUUACGCCCGCGGCGCCCUGGUCAGUGCCACUUUUGUUGGCGCCAACCCACGCAACAACCUCCGUCUCGAAGGCACCUUUGCUUCCGUGGAAAAACAGGCAGCCGACGGUACGUGGACACAGGUCAAGAAUGACGAAGACUGGGAGUUGGUCUACGAGUGGAAGCGCGUCAAUGGCCUGACGGGUACGAGUGACGUUACUAUCACGUGGGACACGGGUCUCACGGCACCUGCGGCGGGUACAUAUCGCAUCAAGUAUUAUGGUGAUGCCAAGAAACUUGGUGGUAGCAUUGAGGCGUUUGAGGGCAAGAGUGCAGCGUUCAAAUUAGUGUAACGUCCGUCCCCGCGUAACGGGACACCCUCUCACAAAACCGGUAAAACCGGAAAAUGACGGCCCCUCCCAGCAGUGCAAAACCACCUAAAAACAUAGCAAAAAUACUGCCCGCUUGCUUCUUACGUUAAUCUAUCUCUUAUACAUGCGAAUUAGUAUUUAGAAAUUUCAGAACUAUCAAAGCAAGAUAACGUGUUCCACGGGCGAGCGCCGCACACGGGCGAGCGCCGCACCCCACCAAACUUACACACCUCUCCCAUCUUAUCGUACAAUGGCUCAACGCAGCGCUACUCUAUUAGCUUCGAAUGAAUCAGAUAUUCAGCUUGCUAUCUCCUCAAUCAACUCUAAGCAGAUUCUAAGUAAUCGGAGUGCUGCUGCUAUCUAUAGCGUGUCUGAACGAACGAUCCGCCGCCGACGCGCUGGUGUCCCUGCGCGACGCGAUUGCCAGCCCAAUUCAAAGAAGCUAACCCAGCUAGAAGAGGAGGUGAUUG